CAUUUUGGUCUUUGGAAGAAUUCAUUUGAGUUCCUUGCUUUCUUCCCUCUCCCUUUCAUGUCUCCCGUAUCAGGUAUUUCUCUAUCUUCUCUCCAUUUUCUUUGUCAUUAUUAACUUUCUUUCUUUGCAAACAUGAAAAACAUUCUAAAACCAAAACCUAGUUUAGUAAAACCCAUUUCGUAUUCAUCUCUUGUAACUUGUUCAUCCCCUUCUCUAACACAACUUCCUAAUAUCCCAAAAAACCCUAAUAACAGUGACGAUACAUGUUCAUCUUUUGACAUUCUAAACUAUGAAUCAUGGGUGUGUCCUCAAGUUCUGAAGCACCACUCAAUCUUUACCUCCGAUGAAUCUAUCCUCCGUCUACAACAAAAGAUUCAGCUGACGCAUGAACUUGCAUGUCUUCCGUGCUCCGAAGAAGAACGUGUGUGUUGGCAGCACACCGAUGAAAAUGAACCACAUUUCAUUUAUAUGUAUGAGUUUUUGUUUGAGAAGUUGUUGGUUUCACUUCCUUUUUCGAAAUUUCAAUGUGACGUUUUGGCUACCCUGAAUGUUGCUCCUUCGCAACUUCAUCCUAAUACAUGGGGUUUCGUUAGAGCUUUCGAGAUUCUAUGUUCUUGUGUUGGUGUUGAACCUAGUGCUAAUAAGUUUCUGUAUUUCUUCCAAGUCAAGGUUUCGGGAAAAGUGGGAUGGAUAUCUGCGAAUGGCCGGUCAGGGAGACGGUUGUUGGAUGGUUUUUGUAAUUCCUAUAAGAGAUGGAAGAACAUGUUUUUUAAAGUUCGUUCGGCUUCGUUUUUGUUGAAUGAAGAGGGAGAUUCUCGGUUUCCUCUUCGUUGGACAGCUGAUCCUGUUCCCUUCAUUACCUUUGAGAUUGACCGGUUGGACGAGGUUGAGCGGGAUGAAAUUCAACUGUUGACGGGUUUACCUGUGUUUCAUUGUGCUAAAUUGAUAGCGCUAAAUGAAAAUCGUGAUGCUUUGAUGGCUCACUUUUCCGAGAUGACGACAUACAAGUUCAAGAAAAAGGACUUGGAGAAAUUCGUCCACUUAAAACCUUCUACAGAUGCGAUUGCUGAUACUUCAGCUCCCAAUCGUACCAUGGCCUCACCUUCGGUAAGCCAGCUUAAGGAAAAAAAGCGAAAAAGACUAUUUGAGGUCCUAAACGAGCCCGUUCAUGUCAUCAAGUCACCUGUCCUCCUUGCCAGUGCAGGGAAUGUUCCUUCCGCCAAGCUACCUUCGGUUGGUCCGGCACCGACCCUUCCAAUUCAGAACCUUGAGGCCAUGUGGGAUGAUGCACUUGGCUCUUCAUCAGAGAUUGACAGACAUUGUUUUUCUAAUCUGAGGAAGGAGGAGAUGGUUGAAGCAGCUAAGGUAUACCAGCUACGCGCUUUAACUCUUAUGAAAGAGGUGGAGCAAGUUAUGAUCUCAGAGGGCUUGGAUAAGCUGACAAAAGAGAAUGAAGAGGAUAAGAGGAUUAAAGAGAUUGAAGAUUUGAAAGGGAAACUGGAAGUUGCUCAUAAAGCUCAAGACAAGCUGAAAAAAGAAUUGGUUGACUUGAACGAAAAGCAAGAGAAAUGGAAGAAGGAGAAAAUUGACUUGGAAUCUGCUUUGACGAAAGAGCGCAAUCUGUUGAAAUUAACUCGGGUGAAUCUGCGCGAUGAGAAAAAUAAGGUUCAGCAGGCGAUGGCUCAGGCAGCCCAUCAGUAUUUGGAAGGUUUCAAUUGUGCUAAGUCUCAAGCCGCCUUCUUGUGCUCUGUUGAUGAAGGAAAAUUAGAUGGCAUGCGUCUUUGGGGUCAGGUAAGGGAUGGUGAAAUCGUAGUUGAUGAUGAUGAUGGUUUGUAGAAGGAUUCCGAGUUUGAAGGGGUCUGCAAGUGAUGAACAAAGAUGUUGAAGUCACCUCAGUAUGUUUUGUGAAAAAAAAAACACGUCUACUUUGUUAUAGACAUUAGACAGUAACUAGUAACUCUCCUAACCUUACUUAAGAUUUGCUCCACAAACACACUAUUUUUUGUAACUAGUCUGUAUAUGGUAGUGUUUAUCACUAUACUGUUUUGUCAUCUAUCUAUACCAUAUUAAGGAUGAGGCUGUGGCCGGGUAACUAAUAUUUCAUGUUGUUUAUGUCAAUAGUUAGAGUAAACCAGAAUUUGAGUACUAAUGAGUAAAGCAAUGUUUGAGUACUCCUAGCAUUUCUUUGAGUAG